AUGUCCGCUGUGCAGGAUCUGGCCCAGCGGGCCAAGAACGACGAGAAGUGCUUCGUCGACACCGAUGCGGGCAAGGAUGACGAGACCGCAGACGGCUCCGAAUACAAGCCCUACAAGACGCUGGCCUACGCAUACAUCCAGAACUACGAGAAGUCGACACCACAAUAUCAGACCCGAGCGUCCACGACCGGUGCUGUAGGCUCUGACGAAGACCCCUCCGUCAAGCUGCUGUGGAAGGAACCUGCAAAGAGCGCUGUCAAGAAAGCCCAGAGCGCCGUCGACGCCCACAAGAAGAAACUCCAGAGACAGCAACAGGCUGCUGCCGUUGAGGAGGAGCAAAAGAAGCAGCGACUACAGAACCUCGAGGCCGCGAAAAAGAUUGUGCUGAAGCAAGAUGAGUCAUUGCCGGAGCCCGUCAAGAUCAAGAUCGGGCGCAAAGAUAUCGAGCUUGGAGAGGGUGACAAAAAGGGCACGCGAGUCAAGGUCAUGGGACGGAUUCACCGGCUGCGAGCUCAGAAGCAGGCUACCUUUAUCACACUGGUUGAUGGGCAUGGACAACUGCAAUGCGUCUUGAUCGCUGGCGAUCUGACAAAGACUUACGAUGCUCUGACCUUUGCCCAGGGUACUUCCCUUGCGCUAUAUGGUAAGAUGCGGAAGGUCCCUGCUGGACAGAAGGCGCCGGAUGACCGUGAGUUGCAUGUCGACUACUACGAGGUCCUCGGCGCAUCUCCCAGCGACGAAGAUGCCAUUACCAGCCGAGUCUCGGCCCAGCAGAACCAAUGGGAUGCCCAGAUGCUUGACAACAGACACUUGGUACUUCGGGGUGAGAACGCAUCGUCUCUCAUGAAGAUCAGAGCUGCCACCGAGGGAGCUUUCCAGCAGGUGUACAAAGAUUUGCAGCUUACCAAAGUCUCCCCCCCUGCCUUGGUGCAAACCCAGGUUGAAGGUGGCGCCACUCUCUUCAGUGCACCGUACUACGACGAGAUGGCCUACCUGACUCAAUCAUCACAGCUCUAUCUCGAGACCGUCAUUCCGAGCCUGGGAGAUGUUUACUGCAUUGAGAAGUCUUUCCGUGCCGAGAAGAGUUUGACGCGUCGUCACCUUUCUGAGUACACCCACGUCGAAGCUGAGCUGGACUUUAUUGAUUUCAGCGACCUUUUGGUUCACCUAGAAGAGGUCAUCUGCCGCGUUAUUGAUAUCGUACUGGACGACCCGACUAUCGCAGUCUACAUCAAGGAGCUCAACCCCACAUUCCAGAAGCCCUCGCGCCCAUUCAUGCGCAUGAAGUACACGGACGCCAUUGACUGGCUCAAUGCGCAAGAUCCUCCCAUCCUCAACGAGGAGGGCAACCCCCACGUAUUCGGAGACGACAUUGCCGAGGCUGCCGAGCGGAAGAUGACUGAUAUCAUCAACCUACCCAUUUUCCUGACGCACUUCCCCGUCGAGAUCAAGGCCUUUUACAUGAAGAAGGACCCAGCCGACUUGCGGGUCACUGAGAGUGUAGACUGUCUGAUGCCCGGCGUAGGUGAGAUCGUCGGUGGCAGUAUGAGAAUGGAAGGGUACGAAGAGCUUCUUGAGGCAUACAAGAAGCAGGGGAUUGACGCGAAGGACUACUACUGGUACACUGACCAGCGAAAGUACGGCACUUCUCCCCACGGUGGAUAUGGUCUUGGUCUCGAGCGGUUCCUGGCGUGGAUCGCCAACCAGCACACGGUCCGGACGACGUGUCUAUAUCCUCGUUUCAUGGGCCGAUGCAAGCCUUGA